AAAUACACAAUGUAGUUAAUGACAAAAAUAAAUAUUAAAUAAAUUUUAAAAUAAUAAAUAUAAUAAAUUUAAGACAAUAAAUAAAAUAGUGCUCAGCGCCAAAAAAAAUCUUAUCCACGAUAAGAUUUUUCGCGCAAAAAAUGUCAUGGGAGAAAUUAUUUUUCUGAUGGAUUUAAAAUAAGAGCAGGAGGCCAGUGAUGGAUAAAAAUUGUGAUGUGAACAUGAAGAAAUUACAGCGACUCAGCACGCGAGAUGCGUUUUGGUAGAAAUUUAUUGGAAAACAAGUUAUUUGAUGUUUGUGCUGAUAAAAGUGAAGGCUACAGAGGAGACAGUGAUUUGGAGAAGUUUGAUAAAAGUUUAUCGAAUGUUAUUUCAAAAUUUGAAUGUGGAAACCGCGUAAAGUUUAUAUUUAUAAAAAAAAAAAAUUCAGAUUUUUUGUGCGCGAGUACAAGCGGUCCAGGUCUGGUCCGCCGCCUUCACCUCCCUGGCGGUAUGGUCCUUUGGGCCGCUAUGCUUGUUCUUUACGGCGUAGGAUUUGUUGGUUCCAUGACAGGCGUGCCAGGCGUCCCGGAAAACGUAACAGUCAUGUUCCUCAGUCCGACAUCCGUCCGCGUAUCCUGGAGUACGAGCCAAGUAGAUCAGGUGGAAAAAUACGAUGUGACAUACAAACCAACAGAUGCAAGGAAUUUCACAAAUGACAGUUACAGGAUGGUGCGGUUGGUCGCAGGAAACAGCGAUGCAGUUACUCUGAACGACCUUCAAGCUGACACGCAAUACCAGUUGGUGAUUACUGCGGUGAGGGCCGGAAAAAAGUACAGAAGUCGGCCUAUUGUCUUCCGCACCCUGGAGCCACCACGUACAUCUCCACAGCAGGAUGCCAGCGUUACGGGAGGGCCUCCAAUACCUCCGCCACCAUCAUCGUCCAAUAAUCCCCAUCAAGCACACAUACAAGUACGUGGGGUCGAGGUAGGAAUAGUCGUGAUGGUACUGAUAGUUUGGGCCGGUGCGAUAGCGCUUUUUUUCAACCGGUGGGGUAAAAUACGCAUGUUGCUUCCUUAUCAGCCUGAUUACAAAGAGCAGCUAAAAGUUCCCGGCACAGGGGCGGUUUGCGCUCCAAGUAAUACGACUUGCACACAACAUUCUUCACAACAUGCCUGUUCACAGCAUUUGCACUGGUCGAACCAUCGUGUGGAUUCCCUGGACAGCGCUGCCGGGGGUGGAGGUGCCGCAGGAGGUGGCAGCCAGGGUUGGCCCAGAUCCUCGAGACCUCGAGUUAACAGUGCAAUCGACGUUGCUGGAUUUUUAUCCCAGGAAUUUCUGCGCCGUCAUGGUUCAACUUCACGAUUAUGUCGCAAAGUACGCAGUGCAGAUAAUCUACCCCUGGUCACUGAAUCAUCAAAUCAUCAAGACAACGACAAUGAUGAUGACAAUGAUAAUGAUAAUGAUAACGAUAACGAUGAUGAGGAAAGAUGCAACAGAAAUUCAAUUCCGUCUCAGGAUGACGGCAACGAAACGGAUCGCGAAACAUUUCUGCCGUUGACGAUGACGACAACAAUAACAACAACAACCGAAACAAAUCAAGACGAACAAGACGACAAGACUGAUGAUUUUCAAUCAAAAAAAAUAAUUAAUUAUUCAGACACUCGGCUACUGAGGGAAAAUACGCCGGGUGGUUCUGUCACUGAAUCAUUGUCUCAGCAGCAGCAAAAUUCAUCCAGGGAAUUAAUUUCAUCAAACACGAUAACAGCUAUACCUUCCCCAUCUUUAAUAAUAAGACGAUUCAGUGGUUGGCGAAUAAGCGGAAGUCACGAGUACGUUAGAUGUCCUAUCAGACAACCAUCUUCCAUUGACGACAGAUAUUACAGAAGAUCAUGUGAGCCAGACUUCCCUCGUUCAUCUCAACCACAUCAUCACCACCAUCACCACCAUCAUCUCCCCUACAAGCCAUCAACAAGCAACGGGAACCCUGCCGUUUAUCACCCGUCAUCAGAUAGCGAUCAGUCAAGACAAACGUCUGUUUCCAGCGUCGAAAUCCAACACUUUGGUUUGCCAAUACUCAGCGUAAGUGAGCCCAGUCCACCAGAUGAGAAAAAUAAUCGGCUGGAUGAUUAUUUGUAGGAUUUGCUUGACGAGGACCACUCCCUAAAGGAGCUCCUCGUGUAAUAUCCACUUUUUUAUACUACCGAUACCUUAAUGUUGAUAAAAAACAAACAACAUAAAAAUCAUUACUGUAAUUUUAUUUUUAAAUUAUUCACUACUCGAUAGUUUUAUUACUUUAAUACGACUAAUGGCUCUAGUGCUUUAAAUUUAAUAACUCAUACUCUUGACAACAAAAAGUAAACGGUUAAACUUUUCAUUACUAAGUAAUGCGUAAUUUCGUCUUUACACUUAAUAACAUAAAUUAUAAAUAAAGUUGUAAACUUAUUAAGUGCAACGUAAAAAAUAGGG